AUGUCCGAACUACCAAUAUAUUUCGUAGAUGCUUUCACAAAGACUGCUUUCAGUGGCAACCCCGCGGCAGUAUGCCUGGCGUCAAUUAACAAUGCGAAUCUAACCGACAAACAAAUGCAGAAGGUUGCUAUAGAGACGAAUAUGCCGGCCACAGGCUUCAUCUUCAGCGACGGGGAUGACGAGAGCUUCAAAACACGUUCUAGGUUUGGCCUGCGAUUUUUCACCUCAAAGACAGAUAUAAAUCUCUGUGGCCAUGCAACUCUAGGCUCCACUGCAGUUCUGUUCAAGAAGCUAGGUAGUCGGAUUAAAGUAUUUAAUAAUAAAUAUCUUCAGCAACCCAUUCAUGCCGUAAAAGGCGUGGUUGUACACUCGUCACUUAUACAAGACGUGGAAUACUCGUCCACCACUAACAGCCUACUGGUCAGAUUGUCAGACUGCUGCUCAAGAUCGGAGCUGGGGAGCCUACAGCCCCAGGUACCCCGUAUGGUGGAGAGUGAGAGAACGGGGAAAGUGAGGGGGGUGAUCAUCACGCUGAGGGGGUCCCAGUCUAACGGAGCGGUGGACGCUGAGGGGAGGGGGUACGACUUUGCGUCCAGGUACUUCGCCCCAUGGGUGGGGAUACCGGAGGACCACGUGACAUGGAAACAUAUAGCGGUUAGUAGACGAGGAUCGGCCCACACAGAACUGGCCAGCUACUGGUCCCUACAGCUGGAGAAACGCGAGCUUUAUGCUCGCCAGUGCUCACCCCGGGGUGGGGACAUACACCUGAGGGUGGCGGGGGAGCGGGUACACCUGGCAGGGGACGCUGCCAUCAUUAUGACGGGGACACUUGAAAUAUGA